AUGAAGGAAGACGAAAAGCUGAUGAAGGAAAAAGGGGUUUCAGAGAGGUCGGACGGUGUUAUCCUCGUCGACCCGACCAAGUACUCUAAGAAGUUAGACAAGCUCGAACAUGUCAACUUCGGCUUGGUGCACGGGAUGAGUACUCGCGAGGGAACCGUCAAGUUCCUCGGUAAUAUUCUACGCGAUGCCAAAGAGAAGAUGCAUGAGGUUAUGAGAGCAGGCCAGACCAAGUAUGAGCAGGUCAAAGACCCCGAGAGGAUCGCCGAUAUACUGGGCAUCUCCGCCGUCCUGGUGCAGGACAUGGCUUCCAAGCGAUUCGUUCAAAUUUCUUUCUUUACUAAUGUGGAGGUACUAACUAACCCCAGAAUUAAUGGCUAUACCUUUGACAUGGAUCGAAUGACUUCUUUCGAGGGAGAUACGGGUCCAUACCUCCAAUGCUCGUGUGCUCGUUUGUGCUCUAUUAUCCGCAAGACUGAUAUGCCGUCUGAGCGCCUCAAGGAGGCCGACCCCUCACUGUUGCAUGAAAAGCAUGCAACCGCCAUCGUACAGAAGUUGGCACAGUGGCCUGAAGUCUUUCAGGCCACUUUCAAGAAUAAGGUGCCGGUUACAGUGCUCACAUCUUCGUGGAAACUGACCCAUAUCAUAAAUCCAAGCUAUGACCACCUUUGUUUUGCAGAGUGA